AUGACAGAAAACGGCGGGCGAUUCGAGUUCAAGAAAGUUGCUGAGCCAGCUGACGCUGAUGAUAAAUUCGAAAAGGUCCCACUCCAUCAAAACGAUGACGACAAUAAUUUCAACGACAAUUUUGCCCUCUUCGAGGAAGAGAUGGAGAAGCGCCCGACAGUUUCACAGUUCAUCUCCACCGUUCAAAACUACACAAACUUGACCCAAACAGCAGCCGAUCAUGAAGCGAAAGAAAACGGCGAGGAUGCAUCUUCGGCAAAGAUGGGCACACUCGCUGGUGUUUAUUUUCCAACAAUUCAAAACAUUUUCGGCGUCAUUUUGUUCCUGCGCUUUGCUUGGAUUGUUGGCGUUGCUGGGGUCGGACAGACAUUUUUACUCGUUCUUAUUUGUUGCAUGACGACUAUGCUUACUGCCUUUUCAAUGUCGGCUAUUGCCACGAAUGGUGUUGUACCAGCCGGUGGCGCGUACUUUAUGAUUUCUCGAGCGCUCGGGCCGGAGUUUGGUGGCGCCGUUGGAAUUCUCUUCUACCUGGGAACAACCUUCGGAAGUGCCAUGUACAUCCUCGGAGGCGUAGAAAUCCUCAUCAAAUAUGCGUUCCACGAUGCACUUAUCCAUUUUGUUGACGAUGAAGACAUGAAUUUGAUGCACAACUAUCGCCUUUAUGGAACAAUUUUCCUUGCUGGCAUGUCCUCCUUGGUCUUCGUUGGUGUCAAGUAUGUCAACAAAGCUGCCUUCUUUCUCCUCGUUAUUGUCCUCUUGUCGAUUAUGUCGAUUUUUGUCGGGCUUUUUAAGACCCUGGCUGUUUCACCAGCCGGUGUGGAUCCUGACUCAUCUCUUUGUGUCGACACGUGUAUGUGUAUGCUUGGGGAUCAUCUCCUUCAUGCUACAGAAGACUCUUACUGUGCAAAGACUUUUACUGACGAAGAAGGAGUGAUUCACCCGACAGAUUAUUGGAAAAUCUACUGCACGGGGGACUUCAAUUCAACGGACACGACUUUUGCAAAUUGCGACCAAAACUUCGCCUCUUACGAGAUGACAAGACGCGUUGGUUUUCCAGGCUUUCGUGGUGGAAACUUUUCGUCCAAUUUUAAGUCGAUGUAUCAGCACGAAGACGAGCUCUUGGUCGAUAAACAUAUGCCUCCUACAACAUUUUACGUAAUCAACGAGUCUAGUCCUAUAACAGCGAACGAGGACUACCCAGCUUGGAUAGUUGCAGAUGCCACGUCUAGUUUUACGGUCCUUCUUGGAAUCUUCUUCCCUUCCGUGACUGGAAUCAUGGCCGGCUCGAAUCGAUCAGGAGAUCUCAAAGACGCGCAAGACUCAAUUCCAAAGGAACCAUCGCCGCUAUUGCGACAACUUCAAUGGUUUACAUUCUUUGCACAUUCUUCUGGUGAUGGAGGAAAACUUGUUGCCUCUGUUCUUGUCUGGCCACAUCCCUAUUUCAUGGUCAUCGGCGCGUUCUUGUCCACAAUCGGUGCGGGUCUCCAAUCGCUCACCGGAGCUCCUCGUCUUCUUCAAGCCAUCGCGAAAGAUAACGUCAUUCCUUUUCUGUCAUUUUUCGCUGGCGGAAAAGCCAACGGCGAGCCAACCUGGGCGCUGCUUUUAACAGCUCUCAUCGCGGAAAGCGGCAUCAUCAUUGCUGAACUUGACGCGGUCGCGCCUAUCUUGACGAUGUUCUUUCUCAUGUGCUACAUGUUCGUCAAUUUGGCUUGUGUCUUGCAAAUUCUACUGCGAACGCCUAGCUGGCGACCGCGAUUCAGAUACUAUCACUGGGCAGCUUCGCUCUCUGGAAUGAUCAUGUGUAUUGUUCUAAUGUUUAUUUGCUCCUGGGUAUAUGCUCUGGUUGCUCUGUCUCUGGCGGCACUGGUCUACAAAUACAUCGAGUACAAAGGAGCGGAAAAAGAGUGGGGAGAUGGCAUGAAAGGCCCACCCCAUACGAAAAACUGGAGGCCACAAAUUUUAACUCUGGUGAAGCUCGAUAGUGAAUAUCGAAUUUCAAAGGAUCAGCUGCUCGAUUUCGUUACUCAGUUGAAAGCUGGUAAAGGUCUGGUGAUGGUUUACUCCGUGGUCAACGGCGACUUUUUGGUCAAUUUUGCCGAGAGUCAAGCGGCAGAGAAUGUCCUCAAACGAGCGCUAAAAGAUCAUCAAAUCAAGGGCUUUUCGAAUGUUCUAAUUGCUCAAAAGGUUGAAGAAGGUCUUUCCGCUCUCAUUCAAACCGCGGGUCUCGGCGGAUUGAGACACAACACUGUCCUCUGUGGCUGGCCAGCCCACUGGAAGCAACAGGCCGAAAGUGGAUAUCGAAAUUUCUUGGCAAUAGUUCGCGCAGCAGCUGCCGGCCAUCACUCGCUCCUUGUGCCGAAGAAUAUUCAAUUGUACCCGACUAAAGACGAUACGAUUGAAGGAGGAACUAUUGAUGUCUGGUGGAUUGUGCACGACGGAGGAUUGCUCACUCUUUUGCCUCAUUUGCUUCAACAGCAUCGCGUCUGGAAGAACUGCCGCACUAGAAUCUAUACAGUAGCGCAAGCAGAAGACAAUUCGAUCAAAAUGAAGAAACAAUUGCAGCAGCAUUUAUACCAACUUCGAAUUGAAGCUGAAGUCAGAGUGGUAGAGCUUGAAUCGGCUGAUGUUUCUGCAUAUGCGUAUGAAAGAACUCUGAUCAUGGAGCAGAGAAACCACUUGAUUCAUACGCUGCGAGAAAAUAAGAAAAAGUCCAAAAUCCAAGCAGUUCAAGCCGUUAAUGGCAUUCAUCCUCAACCCGCCAAGCCCGAUGUCCCAAUGACCUGGUCUGCCGAGAACGGAAAGCCACCACCGCCAGAGCCGAAAAUCGAAGAAGUUCAAAAUCUCAGUCAAAUGUUCGACAUGAAACCAGACCAGCCUAAUCUCCGGCGAAUGCACAAUGCCGUCAGGCUGAACGAAGUAAUUGUUACCGAGUCCCACGAUGCCAAACUUGUGAUUCUAAAUCUGCCCGGACCGCCAAAGAAGAAUCCCUCUGAUGUUGACGGACCAAACAAACGCCAAGAAAUUGCCAAUAGAGAACGAAACUACAUGGAAUUUCUGGAAGUUCUUACCGAGGGACUCGAUCGAGUACUGAUGGUCCGCGGCGGCGGCCGAGAAGUCGUAACUAUUUAUAAUUGA